AUAAAAAAAUCAUUGCAUUGGUACUACUGAAAAUAUUGACAUUUUUACAACAUUUAUUCCAAGUUCCUUCAAUUUUUUUGAGGACAAGAAAAUUUUGCUUUCAAGAAAUUCACGAAUUUAUUGGCGUCAAGUUAAUAACGAACAAACUUGGAUGUCAAAUUGUGCUUUGAGAACACGUCAAAUUUGGCCUUGAAUAACUUGGUCAAUUUAUUGUUCAAUUUAUUGUUGAUGUAAAGUGCACUUAACAACUGCAAAAGGAAACAUUGUAUUUUCCCACAAAGUUUGUGGGCCUGGAAAUAUAACGCUACAAUUUUUAGCGAGCAGUUUAAGCGUUGGCAUUGUCUCGCAUCUCCCCCCACUCCUCGUCGUCAGUGCCUCCCCCAAUCGGUAGGCCUUCUGCCCCGCUCAGGUCAGAUCCCCCAAUUUGUAGGCCUGCUACCUCGUUCCCCCCACAGUGUACUGCGCCUGUUCCUGUCCCAAUUUGUAGGCCUUCUGCCUCGUUCCCCACACAGUCUACUGCGCAUUUUCCUGCACCAAUCUCCACACCUGCUUCUUUAUACGCUGAAGAUGAAAAUUGGGAUGAUGAAUGUCAUCAUCCCUCAUAUUUAGAACAGAUAAAAUACAUCGCAUUAUCAAAGCCAAUAAUCAGGACGCCCCCUCCAAAAUUAUCUAAAACGGAGAAAAAAAUAUUUAGGCAUGUGGAGAGAAUUCGCCACCAACACAUGCCAGAAUUAAACAAGUUGCAGUAAGCAACUUGUUUAAGUUUAAGCACCUCUCCUCCUGCCUUUCAUUAUUCUCCCCCACUCUUCCAAAAAUUAUUUUUCAUUGAUAUGUGUUCUGUAUAUUUCUAGUAUGUCUCUAGUAUCUUUUAUAUACCAAUUUCUCCCCACACUCUUCAAAAAUUAUCUGUCAUUCACCCAUAUGUCCUGCAUAACUUCAUCGGUGUCGAUCGGCUUGUUUUCUCUGAUGUGGUGGCUUUUGCUUGUGCCCUGUAGAGUUUUAUAUCGAGGCAUUCAAACCCUAGAAGAGUCAUCAUCCAUCAUAGUUAGGACAUAUACAAUACGUUGCAUUAUCAAAACCGAUCAUCAGGACACCCCCUCCAAAAUUAUCUAAAAAUGGAGAAAAAAUUUUUUAGGCAGGUAGAGAGAAUUCGCCACCAACAUGUGCCAGACUUAACAAGUUGUAGUAAGCAACUUGUUUAAGUUUAAGCACCUCUCCUCCUGCCUUUCAUUAUUCUUCUAUGCCACUUCUCCCCCACUCUUCCAAAAAAUUAUUUUUCAUCUAUAUGUGUUCUGUAUGCCUCUAGUAUCUUUUCUAUGCCAAUUUCUCCCCACACUCUUCAAAAAUUAUCUGUCAUUCACCCAUAUGUCCUGCAUAACUCCAGCGGUGGCUUUUGCUUUUGCCCUGUAGAGUUUUAUAUCGAGGUCCUGCAACCCUAGAAGAUGUGGCGAAACCACGUAUGCCUGCGAGAAAGAAAAAAUAGAUUCUCCCAAGUAGAGUUCUCCCAAGUAUUUGACGGCCUAUUGGCGAAGAAAGGAGUUCCUCCAAAGAAAAAUGAUGAGGAGAAUAGUCUAAGUAAUCUAUUAAAUGAGAGCCAGCCUGCCAAUCCACCACAUAGUGAAAUUCAACUCUGGGCGUCAUCGGAAUCAACUGAGCCAUCCACAAGCGGAAAGAAUCCAAAUAAUGAAGUAUCAAUCGCAAACCAGUUUCAGCCCCAGCAGCCAACAAGACCGAAAAGCAGAGAACAUCAUCCUGGGAGUAAUAAAAAACAGGACACCAUUGCCAAUUUGGUAGUAAAAAUCAAAACAGACGAAGAUCUAGAUUUUGCCAUUUCAAAAGCAUUGGACAGAAGGAAGAUUGCUCAACAAAUUGUAGAUGAUUUAAGUAGUACAAUAAAGGAAUCGCAAACGUUGAACCAAAACUAUAAGAAGAAUCAACAGCAGACACUGGAAAUCGAUGCAGAGUUAAAAAUUGCUGAGCAGAACGUGCAAGCUUUAAAAGCGCAGAGAAAAAAGUUGGUAAAUGCCAAAGCAAGUAUGCUUCCGAAAAUUAAGCGAAUGAGGAAAUUACUGCUACAGGACACCCACCCCUAUAACUGAAAAAGCUUAUUUUUUAUACCUUAAUGUUUGAAUAAAUUAAUUUGUGUAUGAGUUGUUAUCUUAAAGAAAUGUAAUUGUUAUCUUAAAUAAAAACCGAGUUGAUGUUAAGAGGGGUGGGGCAUGUGCUGUAAAGAAGUAGAUAUAAAAGAAUAUAACUAAUCCAAGUGUGUACAGUAAAUGUAAUAAAAAAUGCAUUGCGACCAGUGCAGAAAAAAUUUCUCUAGUCUAAACCGGCAUAAGAGGAAAGUGUGUGGGAAACAAAAUAUGUGCUCAAUUCCAGGUAAAAACGUAGAAUAAUAGCUUCUGAACCACUAAGUAGAAAUGUGAGUAAAAUACAUCAUGCAUUUAAAAGCAGAAUUGUAUCUUAUCACGAGGAAAAACUACAAUACUUUUAUGGAAAACGUGCAGCCAGCAAAUAUACAACUUAUUGAGCAAGAGAUUGAAAAACAUGCAACUGUUAAAAUAAAUAUGGAAGUGUUUGCUGUAUAUGUGAUACCCGAUAAAGACAUAAGUGAUAUUAAAUCAAUGAACACUGAAAAUAGAAUAAUAACAAUCUCCUCCGAUUUAAACAAUAUUUUUAAAGAUUUUACUGAUGAGAUCUUUAGCAAGGCCAGCGAAUUCCAGAAAAAAGAAAGCAAUUGAGCUAUAAAGAAAUGUUAUUUUUAGAUAUUAAUAUUAAUCGAUGUGCUCUAAUUAGUGGCAAGAAGCACUUGAAAUUACCACUUUCUAUUAUCAGGAAACAUGCUGUUCUUAAUAUUCAGAAUAAUGACGAUGCAUGUUUUUUGUGGUGUAUUAUGGCGGCCCUUUUUCCUAGAGAAGGGAAUCCUGUAACUCCAGACUCAUACCCUGAUUAUAAAGAAAACUUAAAUGUGGACAACAUCGAGGUACUCAUGAAGUUAAAAGACAUUUCAAAAUUUGAAGUGAUGAACAAUAUAUCGGUAAACGUGUUUGGACUUUAUUUUUACUAGGUCUUAGAUAUGAUGCACAGAUCUAAUUAAAAUUAGAUAAAUUCAGUGAUUCAAUAAAACAGAUAAAUUAAUAAUUUUUUAAAGUACCUUGUGACCAACUUUUAAGUAAUCCACGAAAUGUAUUUAUCCAAAUUUAGUACACAAAACAUUACACAAACGCGAGUAUAUCCUCGCAAAAGGAUAUAAACUUUUUUGACAAAAAUAUACACCUAUAAACAAAAAACUUCUACAUCACUGCAAAAAACCGACAGCCAUUUUAAAUCCAUCAUUUACAGAUUCAACAAGUUCAAUACUAUUGACUGUCCAUAGUAUUUGGUUAUACAUACACUGCCAAAAUUGUAGGUGAAUAUUGUAAUAGGCCAGUAUUUUCGACAAAAGUUUUGAAUGUGCCAUAAUUUUUUAAAAAUAUAAGAUUUUCGAUAAAAAUUGACGACAUAUUGUUGUGGGUUUGUAUAAUGUUAUUAAAACAGCCAAAGUCCAAAAAGUAAUUCAUAAGUUGUUUUAACUUAAAAAUCUUUAAAUUAAUGGAUAAUACAAGAUCCAAAAAAUGUGUAGAUGUAUAAUAUCAACUUCCUGGUAAAGGUGUACCAGAAAAACAAAGUUAAAUUUUUUUUAAAUAUGUAUUUAUGAAGAAUAAUAAAAACAAAUUAGCAAUUUAAACAUUAUUUGCAGUACACAGAAGACAAUGAUUUAUAAACACUACGGAAUAUAAUUUCUUCUCGCAUACUGCGCAAUGAUGUCCAGAUAUUUCAUUAUAUGUCCCACUAAAAUGGCGGCUAACAUAUGCAGAUAUUGGUAUCCCUUAUUUACUUUGGCAUAAGGAGUCAUCAAGCGAGCUCAUUCAAGCAGAUUUAGCUAUAAUGAUUCGUUAUGCCAAAGUAAAUAAGGGGUACCACUAUAUUCUCGGUGUAAUUCAUGCUUUUAGUAAAUUUGUGUGGACGGAAGCGGUUAAAAGGAAAAAUGUACCUAGGUUUAUUAUUACUAAAUAAUCAGCAUCGAAUCUGUACAUAUCGACAGCUUUAACUAUAAGGACUCUUAAUACGGGGAGUGUGUAGGGAGCAUAAAAAUCUAUCCAUAGAAAACUCGAAAGCAUACAAUAUACAAUGUUCAGUAUGUACCCAUUCAAAAUACUCAUUUCAUUUAAGCGAAUCACUAACACACAAAGGCUUCAAAGGGACACGGUUUCGAUAUAUCCACUACUUAACACAACUUUUACAUCUUUAAAUCAUCUACAAAUUAUCAAAAGGCUACCUCGUGACUCCUCCAUUGCAGCCAAUUCCAAGUUCUAUUUCCAUUCCUGUGAAUUUUCUCCUCCUUAAUGCUUCCUGAAUAUAGAUUUGGGGACAAAGAACAUCCUUAAGCCUUUUGUUACAGGAAAAGUGUCUGAAAUUUUAUUCUCUAAAUCUCAACAAAAUGAAAAGAGGCCAAUAAGCUGGACAUAAUUAGUCUAGGACCCAUUUAGGGUGAAUAUUAAUUAGUUUAGUUAACCAUGCUAAGUCGCUAUAUACACAGAUCGAACGUAUACUUCCAUAUUAUUAAACAAUAAUGAGUUCUUGUGAGUUACGUCUUAUAUUUUGUCUAGUGUAGAAUAUAUUUUUAUGGGGCAUUUAGCAUAAAGCUUAUGAUGACCACCACUAGGCAGAGGUCUCCACAUUACGUCUACUAUACACAGGUCGAAUGUAUACUUUAAUAUUAUUAAAGAAUAACGAGUUCUUGUGAAUUAUCUGCUAUAUUUUCUCUUAUGUAGAAUAUGAUAAUUGUAUGGUUGAAUGCCAUAAAGACUUUAAGCUUAUAAGACCUAAACGGGAUAAAGUACAAGAGGAGCAAUAUAUCACGUGCUUGGUAAAUAGAAUAAAAUGACAUAGAAAAAUCAAAACAUAUUUUACUGAUUGGUUAAAUUGCGACAUACUGAUAGGAUUUAAAAAAUAAAAUACACUGACACAUUCAAUACUCAACAUAAACAUUAAAAUCUUUCAUAAACUAUUAUACAAUUAUACAUUAUGUCCACACCAGCAAUCAUCUUGUUUUAGCAUACAACUCUCAAUACAUUAUCCCCCUAGGUGCAAAAUAUCAGUCAACUUGGAACACACGCACAGUUCUUUCGCUAUGUGUAAACCAUCCACUGUUUAUAGGUAUCUAUCAUUAUAUCACUGAUACCUUCAAUACUAAUAUCAACACCCACACAAACCUGUUACACAGGGUAACCAGGGUACCUGUUCACAGAAGCAGAACUACAAAACUUUACCAUAUCAUACAUCAGAAAAUCUGUGGAUCCAUAUGAUCUACUUCAGUCUUGGCAUCUCAUACCCCAGAAAUUUGUGCAAGAUUUUGAAAUUCGAACACGACUUCCGUGUUUUGUUCAUUUCAAUCGUCCAGAAUGGAGAACAGA